AUGUCGCCCCUUGAGAUCCUCCAAAAAGAGCUCCGAAAGCUCCACCACAAGCUCCACACCUGCCGCGAAGAGCACGCCAGGCUUUGCGCCAUAGUCCCUGGCGAGCACCUCAGCCCCGAGGCCGCCGCGCUGUUUAGGCCGGGCACCGUUGCGCGCCCAGAGGAAUGGAGGAGAUUUAAGGAGGAUCAGAAGAAAUAUGAAGAAUGGGCAAGAGAGUAUGAAUGCACUAUUGCGGCGGUUGAGGCGUUGAUUCGUGAGUUGAGCGCGGCGCCGCGACACGUGAGGUGGGAUACGACGGUGACUGAGUAUGAUUAUUAA